GGCGGCUCCGCAUCAGCCUCUAUUGAGUAGCCUUGUGGUGCGGCCGUCGGACAGCGGCGCCGGGGGAGGAGGAGGAAGUGAUUACGAGCCCGGCGAGGUUCGUCGCGAUCCGCCUCCGUAUUCACGCUCCGGUCGAUUCUCUGAUACGCAUGCUCUGAAUGGUGCCUGGUGCAAGAACUUGGGUCUUGGGGAAGGAAUGUCAGUGUGAGUGAAGGUUUUGGAAAUGUUUUGGGUGACCUAUUGUUCCGUUUUGAAUGGUGGAAUGUUUGUAUGGAAAAUACCUUCCACAGAUACUAAUGCCUCAUGUUGUGUCUGUAGUGAUGGGAUGCAGUAUCACUGGAAACUGUUUUGCACCUAUCACUUCAUUGCUGGCCAGAGUUGGGAUUUUUGUUUGGAAAUGGCUGGGAAUAUUAUCACUAUUCUGGUUAGGCUUCAAGUUGCAUAUGAGCUUUUAAUUCAGUUGUCCGCCAUCGGGAACAUGUUAUAAGGAACUUGCAUUAAUAUGGUUUUUGGAUGGGUUUUGAGAGGAGUUGGGUAUCUGCUAUCUUUUAGUGGUAAUUGCUGAAGUGCACAGGUUUGGUGGCACUAUUGAGUAUAUAGGAGGACAAGCCUGCACAGGAUUGACUUAUUUUAUUUGAAAUUCAGUAAUAGUGCUCAGUGCUAUGGGAUGCACCUCAGCAGAAGCUGGUAUUUGCAUGUGGAUGACGCUGCUUGCAGGCAAAGUAGUCUAUUUUGUCAAUGGCAUUCUGGCUUUAGUCUGUUCGUUUUACUAUUUCUUGGAUAUGGAAACUCUAGAUUUCUAUGAUUGAUGGUUGCAUGGGGGUUUUUGGUUUCAAGGCAUUAUAUCACGGUUCAUGGUUUUGGGAGUUCUUUAGUUUUAUUUUUCUUUCGAUAGUUAAUUAGGGUUCAAGUCAGGUGGUAAAGAAUUUUUUGACAUGCAAUGUUGGUGAUGCAUGGCUUGUGGAAAUUUGGGAACUUCUAAAUAAUGUUCUUGCAUUGUUUCUAAUCAUUUAAUUGGUUGUGAAGUGUUAAUGUUGGAGUUUUAACCUCUUGAUACUUGUGCUGUUUCCCAUUAAAGCAGGAUCUUCCUAACAGCAUAUUAACGAGGAUUGAGGAAUAAUUUUGUGGGGUUGGAUUUGCUAUAAUGAGUUUGUCAACUAUUUUGUUAGUGUUGUGUCUGGGAUGUGGCUUGCAUGGAGUUGCUUACAUGCCCAAGGAAACUUUUGGGAUCUUCACUUUUAUCUCUUCUUGCAAAGGGUGAGCUCAUUUUGAAACGAAGUGGAUACAUGGCACGAGUUUCCAAUUUUUAGCAAUCCAACCGUAUUUUGGUUGUUUCUUCCCAUGGGUUUGGUACUGUGGUCUUGCAGCUCCAUCAUGCAGGCCCCGCAUAUUGAAGGGUAUAGAAUUCGUGCAGGUUCUGGUUCUCCUGUGCGCCGCAGAAAUGCAGAUCACCGCUACAGUCCUGAUUUGGAUCAUCUGGUUGGCCCGCCACGGGGUCGUGGGUAUGGCAGUGCAAAAUCUCCUGGUAGAUAUCGAGACUAUUCACCCCCUUAUGGUCGUGGGAGAGGAGGCAGUAGGUUUAUGGAUAGAGACUUUGACAGGCCUGGAUUUGGUCCUGGACCAUUCAGAGGCGAAGCCAUUCCUAGAAAUAAUCCUAAUGUACGUCCAAGAGAAGGAGACUGGAUAUGCCCUGAUCCCUCAUGCAACAACUUGAACUUUGCUAGGCGUGAGUAUUGUAACAACUGCAACAGGUUCCGUUACCCUUCUAGGGGAAGUCCACCACGGAGAGGAUAUCCUGGUCCACCUCCUCCCCAUGCUCCACCUCGACGUUUCCCUGGUCUUCCAAUUGAUCGUUCUCCCAUUAGGGCUAUGAAUGGUGGCUAUAGGUCCCCUCCUCGUGGUUGGGCGAGAGAUGGUCCAAGAGAAUCGGGGGCGGGUGGUCUGCCCCAUGCAAGGUAUGAAGACAGUUUUGCUGAUCACAUGCGCAGAGAUAGGAUGGACGACUACCCUGAUGAUGAUUUCAGAGAGAGGAGCAAGUUCGGUAGACCAAUGCCCUUGGAUUUGGGAAGCAGGGACCGUGGAAGGGAUGACUUCUUCAAUGAGAGGAAGGGGUAUGAACGGCGCCCACCAUCUCCGCGGCUGCCACCACUGCUGCCUCCUCAUCGGGGUCGAUGGCCUCGUGAUGUGAGAGAGAGGAGCCGUUCUCCAAUUAGAGGUGGACCACCACUUAAGGAAUAUCGUCGGGAUGUUUACAUGGGACGCGGUGGACGAGACGAGCGGCGUAAUAGGAUUGGUGAUACAUAUUAGCUGUUAUCCAAGGAAGAUGUGUUCAUUUAGUUGGAUAAUUUGUAUGUUACUUUGUUGGAUAUUUUGCUAUAGACAUGCGUGACUUUCAGACAAUACUUGACAUGGAGGAGGCACCUUUGUUCUGGUGUGCUGCUA